UUAUAAAAACUUAUUGUGACUGUUAGGUCACCGUAUAAUAAUUACUAACAUUAUUAUUUUGUUUUGUUUAAAUUUUCCAUUUUUUAUUGUAUUUAAAUUUAUUCAUAUUUUUGGCUCACUGUUGCCACUGUAAUUUGUCAUUAUUUUUUGUUCAUACUAACCACUGUACAUAUUUUUGGUAAUGACCCGUUAGUUUUUAUUAUUUGUUUCUCACUCCAAUUCUUAUUAUAAGCAUAUUGUUGUUGCUCUUAAAAAUGCAAUUUCUUAUUUUGGAGACUUAUUGCAUGUAUUUUGUUUUUGCAUAUUUUGAAUAUAAAUAAACAAGUUGAGUUGGUACAUUGGAAGUGAGAAACAAAUAAUAUUACAAUAACAACAGUGUAGCCCUUAUUUACAUGAUCAAUUGUUAGGCUUAAGAAAAGAAUUUUUAAAUAAAUAAAUCAUUGUCAUAGUUGAAUUCAAUCGAACAACAUCAUCUUUUAUUCGUGUCUCGGUACCACGGUAGUUCUUUUGUGUUUGUUAAUUAAUCACUGCCCAUCGAACAUUUCAGCAACCUAUAGACAACAAUUCAAAGUAGACCGAAUUGCUCUAUAUCGUUGCCGGUGAAGAAAAAGCUCUUCAUCGUACAUUUUUGGCGCCCAACGUGGGGCAAGUGAUUAAUCUAAAUCUUCCUAAAUUUGUCGUUCUCGGUCCGUGGUAUAUUCUAAAAACUUUUCGUUGUAGUACAACUUAAAAAAAAAGUGUACGGUCAUAUUGUGAAGUGGAAACAGUGGUUCUAUUACAAGGGCAAUAUCUAGUGCUACAAAAAGAAAAAUAAAAAACUUUGUGGUUCAAUAAAAAAAAAAAAAACCUGUGCAACAAAAAAAAUUUAUAAAUCAUUUAAAAAAAACUAGACAGUGCAACAUAUAACAAAAAAAAAACUGUUAAACAAAUUUGUAGUGACGUACCUACUACAAAUCUAGUUUUUUAAAUACCUAUUACAAACAUUAUACAAAUUUUGUCGGCUCGCUAAAUAGAAUCAGUUUUUGUCGAAAAAUAAAAUAAAUAAAAGUGACUCUAAAAUUUUACCGCAAAUUUUUAUGUACAAAAAUAAAUAAACUUUGUUCGCUCGUAAUUCGGGUUAAAUAAAUUUACCGCUAAUCUUUAUAUACAAGAAAAUACAUAAAUUUGUUCGCUUUUGGUUCCAGUACAUAAUAUAGAAUUUUGUGUAUACUAAAUUUGUCGCUCGGAAUAUUGCGGUACAUAUUUAUAUAGAAAGUGAAUAAAUACAUAAAGUCUGUAUAUAAACAUUUUUGGCGUAAAACUUUUGGCGUCGGUGCUCUACAAUACAUAGUAUCAUCCAUUUUGAAAUUUGUUUUUGGAAAUUUUUGGCUCACUUAACCAAACUUUUGGAAAUUUAUGAUGACUUUGGAAGAGGUUAAGCAGCAACGGGCUAAUACGAAGAAGAGUAUUACCCGCAUCAAGAACCAAAUCGAAGCCAAUGGAAGGGGUGAAGAUAUUGACGUAUCAAACACAAAUUGAAAAAUAUGAUCCCGAGGAUAAUGCUAGGCCCGAAAUUGAAGAUUUGUACAUCUCAGCCAAAAUGAAUAUCCAGUCGCAGCUUGGUGAAGAUGUUCAUAACACAACGUUGUCCGAGUCCACCAUUUGUUUCCCAGCUCCCAUCCAUAAAUUGCCCCAACUCAAAUUGCCCACAUUUAGUGGUAAGUACAGUGAAUACAAGAAUUUUAUAACGUCGUUCAAUCAAGUUAUCGAUCGUGAGUUUGGCCUAUCAAAUAUUGAAAAGUUUAAUCAUUUGCUCAACUGCCUCCAAGGCCAAGCUCUAGAAACGGUCAAGGCUUUCCAGAUUACGAACGAAAAUUACCCGAAGGCUCUGGAAAGGCUCAAAACGCGUUAUGAUAAUAGCUCGCUUAUUUUUAUGGAAAAUAUUACCGCCCUUUUUGAACUUCCUACCAUGUCCAAAUACAAUUGUGCCCAAUUACGAAGUCUCGUCGAUAAUGUUUCUGCCCUUUAUAGUUCCUUACUGUCUCUUGGCUCACAUAGUGAUAUUGCUAAUUCCAUGCUGAUUUACAUAGUGAUGGAAAAAGUGGAUGAAGAUACCAGAAGAAAGUGGAAAGAUUCCUUGGACUUUACCAGAUUGCCAACAUGGGAUGAUUGCUCCAAGGUCCUUGAAAGGCGUUGUCAAUUUUUGGAAUCGGUUGAUACCAACCAUACUUUUGUGGCCCCUCGUAAGCCUGAUCAUCAAUCUGGUAAGUCCAAAUCUAAAAAUUCAAAACCUGGCUAUACUUUUUCGGUAUCAAAACGCUCUUGUGUGCUUUGCUCCAAAUGUGACCACUCAAUUAGUCGUUGUUCUCGGUUCAAAGAUAUGGAUGUUAGUCAAAGGUAUGAAAAUGCAAAACGUCUAAGCCUUUGUCUAAAUUGUUUGUCCAAAGGGCAUCAAGUAAGUAGUUGUUCCUCCACAUUCAAGUGCAAAUUUUGUUCUCGCUCGCAUCAUAGUUUGCUUCAUCGGUCUCAGCCAGCUUCUCGGCCCUCGUCCCCUGCUGCUGAACCUACUACUUCUCAUGUUGCCUUGAAUGAAUCUUCUGCCUCGGUCCAUACCCAUAUGGAAAAAUCCUCGCCGGAACAGGUGCUGCUUGCUACUGCCAUGGUUCUAGUUCGUGACUCCACUGGUCGCUAUCAAUUGGGACGCGCUUUGUUAGAUUCUUGCUCUCAAUUGAAUUUCAUAACCGAUGAAUUUUCCCAAAAAUUACAUUUGUCUCGUACAAAACAAACUACUGAAGUCUCUAGCAUUGGUAACACUCUUAGCAAAUCUAAAUAUAGGUCGUCCACAAAUGUAAAAUCUCGAGUCACAGAUUUUGAAGUUUCGCUCUCAUUUUGUGUCACACCUCAUAUUUCAUAUCAACCUGAUAAUGAAUUAGAUGUCUCAUCCUGGAAUUUGCCCCCAAAUACUGAACUUGCGGAUGAAAACUUCUUCAAAUCAAAACGAAUUGAUUUACUUAUUGGUACUGAAACGUUUUUCGACAUUUUAGCAGUUGGUCAAAUAAAACUUGGCCCUAAUUUGCCUAAAUUACACAAAACACUUUUCGGAUGGAUUGUAGCAGGUCGUUAUGUAUCAAAACAACCCAAUAUUUGUGGCUCUUCUUGUAUGCUCUCGAUAGAAGAAGAUAUUGAUCUUAAAUUACAGCGCUUGUGGGAAAUCGAUGAAGUUCAAUCUGGCUCAAAUGAUUUGACACCAGAACAAUCUGAAUGUGAAACAUUUUUCAAUGAUACUGUUCAUCGUGAAUCUUCUGGUAGGAUUGUUGUUAAAUUGCCCUUCAAGGAAUCUCCUGACGCUUUAGGUCUUUCUCGAAAUAUGGCUCUUAAAAGAUUUGUAUCUCAAGAGAGACGAUUUGCUCGUGACAGCAAUCUUAAAUCACAAUAUGUUGCUUUUAUGAAGGAGUAUGAAGAUUUUGGACAUAUGAGUCUAGUUCGUAGCCCUCGUCUACACGAGCCUCAUUAUUUCAUCCCUCACCAUUGCGUUUUCAAACCAAGUAGCACUUCCACAAAGUUAAGAGUUGUUUUCGAUGCCUCGUGUCCAUCAUCGUCCCAGAAGUCUCUCAAUGAUCUUCUUAUGGUUGGCCCAACAAUUCAAGAUGAGCUGUAUAAAAUUUUACUUCGGUUCCGUCUUCAUCGCUUCGCUCUUACUGCCGAUAUAGUAAAAAUGUAUCGACAAGUCCUUAUUGACUCCCAAGAUAGAAAAUUCCAAUAUAUUUUGUGGAGAAAUUCAGAAGAGGAAGAAAUUCGAACAUAUCACCUAAAUACAGUCACCUAUGGAAUGUCAGCUGCGCCCUACCUUGCCAUCAAAAGCCUUCACUAUCUCGCAGACCAAUACAUGGACCAAUUCGAACUUGGUGCAAAAACCAUUAAGUCAUCAUUUUACGUUGAUGAUUUUCUUUGUGGCUCAGAUACGCUUGAAGAAUUGUCUCGUAUGAAGCAGGAGGUUAAUGAAAUUCUAAUUCGUGGUUCGUUUCAAUUAGAUAAGUGGCACUCUAAUCAUAGAGAUUUUCAGGACGACAAAACUGUCAAAGACCUUAAUAUUGAAGAUUCUGCAGUAACUAGCGCUCUUGGUAUCUCUUGGGACCAACAAAAGGAUGUUUUCUUAUUUUUGUUUUCGCCUAAAGUCCAAAUUGAUGAAAAAAUAACCAAACGUACAAUUUUGUCGCUCUCGUCAGCGCUUUUCGAUCCCCUAGGACUUUUAUCCCCUCUCAUAAUAAAAGCUAAAAUCAUUAUGCAAGAGUUGUGGAUUCUAAAAAUUGGCUGGGAUGAGUCUGUACCUCAAGAAAUACACUCGGCUUGGAAAUCUUUCGUCUCUGAUCUCAAACUAUUACCUUCACUUAAAAUUCCUCGUUUUUGUCUCGCUCCUGAUUCUAAAUCAGUUCAACUUCAUGGCUUUUGUGACUCAUCAAUUCGUGCUUAUGGUUGUUGUUUUUACUUUCGUGUUAAAACUUCUUCAGGAAAUGUUGUUGUUCGGCUCUUUACUGCCAAAUCUAGAGUUGCUCCUACAAAGCGAAAAUCGUUACCCAAACUUGAGUUAUGUGGCGCACAACUUCUAGCAAAAUUGUAUUCCAAAAUCAAAAAUCUUUUCGCAAUACCAAAUCUGGAAGUCGUUCUGUGGACAGAUUCGCAACUAGUUCUUCACUGGCUAAAGCAACAUUCAUCUACUUUGUCAGUUUUUGUUGGCAAUAGGGUAUCAGAAAUUCAAGAUCUAACUAAUGGCUGCGUUUGGCGACAUGUCCCAACCCAGUUCAACCCUGCUGACAUCGUUUCUCGUGGUUCAACUGUGCAGGAACUCGCCUCAUCCAUCUGGUUCAACGGACCAGCAUUUCUCGCUCUCGAUCCUGUUCAGUGGCCCCCUACUAAAACUGAUAAACUCUCCGAAGAAAAUCAGCAAGUAUUCGACAAAGAAAAACGGAAAACCGUACUUCAUCUUGAAACAAAAUCUAACUACAUCCUCGAUUCUGUUGGAAAAUAUAGCUCGUACUUAAAAAUCAUUCGUAUUAUUGCCUGGAUGUUUCGUUUUGCUCAAAAAACAAAAACUAAUAUUUCCAAUUCUGACUCUUUGCAGCCCCAAGAAUUAGAAAAUGCUAAACUUUGUAUCGUUUUCAACAUCCAGAAACUACAUUUUCAAGAUGACAUAACUCGAGCUCUAAAGAAGAAAGAUCCCCAAGGUGCUCUAAAGUGUCUGAACCCCUUCCCAGAUUCGUCAAAUGGUUUCAACUUGCUCAAGGUCGGCGGACGCUUGGAGUACGCGGCAAUUUCUGAAGGCCAAAAACACCCCAUAAUCUUGCCCAGCAAAUGCCAUUUCGUCUACUGUUACGUACGUCAUCUGCACAUCAGUAACUACCACGCUGGACCCAAGGCUCUAAUGUCAUUGAUUCGCCAACAAUUUUGGAUCAUCAACUCCAGGAAUUUGUGUCGCAGCAUUGUAAAUUCGUGCCCUCAAUGCAUUCGCUAUCGCCCAAAGUUGUUGCAACAAAUGAUGGGAAAUUUGCCUGUGGAACGACUCAACCCGUCAAGGCCCUUCGCAAGGUGUGCUGUCGAUUUUUGUGGUCCAGUCAACACCUACCUAAGAAUUAGAGGAAAGGUCCCCUACAAGACAUACAUCGCUAUAUUUGUUUGUCUCGCUACCAAAGCUGUCCAUAUUGAAGUGGUAUCCGACCUGUCAACAGAUGCCUUCAUUGCUUCCCUAAAACGGAUGAUUGGUCGUAGAGGUCUGCCCACAGAUAUAUUCUGUGAUAAUGCAACAAAUUUCGUUGGUGCAAACUCUAAGUUGGCUCAAUUAAAGUCGUUCCUUUUUGAGCCAAAAAAUUCAAAUUUUAUUACAAAUUAUUGCUCGAAUCAAUUUAUUAAUUUUCGAUUUAUUCCCCCUAGGGCACCACAUUUUGGCGGAUUGUGGGAGGCGGCCGUCAAAUCGGCCAAAGGUCACUUAACCAGAACCCUGGACAACACAAGGCUCACCUACGAAGAACUCGCAACGGCUAUGAUUGAGAUAGAGGCAGUUUUAAACUCGAGGCCCAUUUCGCCUCUAUCCUCAGAUCCCAGUGAUUUUGAAGCUCUUACACCAGGACACUUCUUGAUAGGCGCUCCCCUCCGUAGUUUGCCAGAACGUGAUGUCCCUACAAAUGAGAUUAACAAACUUGAAUAUUGGGCCCGAAUAAGCGCCAUCAAGCAACAAUUCUGGAAAAAGUGGUCCCAUGAUUAUAUAAAUGAGCUCCAGACUCGCAACAAAUGGACUAGCACCAACUCUAAUAUUACCCCUGGUUCCCUAGUCAUCAUCAAAGAAGAUAAUUUACCCCCGCAGCGUUGGCUCAUGGGUAAAAUCAUCAACAUUGUUCGUGGAAGAGAUGAUCGUGUUCGAGUUGUCGACAUCAAAACUACAAAAGGAGUUAUACGUCGCCCUAUCCACAGACUGGCUCUUCUAUCUUCUUGAAAGUGUCCUUUCAAUGGGGCCGGAAUGUUAGGUCACCGUAUAAUAAUUACUAACAUUAUUAUUUUGUUUUGUUUAAAUUUUCCAUUUUUUAUUGUAUUUAAAUUUAUUCAUAUUUUUGGCUCACUGUUGCCACUGUAAUUUGUCAUUAUUUUUUGUUCAUACUAACCACUGUACAUAUUUUUGGUAAUGACCCGUUAGUUUUUAUUAUUUGUUUCUCACUCCAAUUCUUAUUAUAAGCAUAUUGUUGUUGCUCUUAAAAAUGCAAUUUCUUAUUUUGGAGACUUAUUGCAUGUAUUUUGUUUUUGCAUAUUUUGAAUAUAAAUAAACAAGUUGAGUUGGUACAUUGGAAGUGAGAAACAAAUAAUAUUACAAUAACAACAGUGUAGCCCUUAUUUACAUGAUCAAUUGUUAGGCUUAAGAAAAGAAUUUUUAAAUAAAUAAAUCAUUGUCAUAGUUGAAUUCAA